AUGCCUCGCCAACCAGCUCCCGCCUACGUGCUAGGCGUCGGCAUGACCAAGUUCAUCAAGCCGCGCGGCAAGGUAGACUACCAUGAGCUUGGAUUCGAGGCCGGCAUCAAAGCCAUGCUGGAUGCUCAGAUCAACUACGACGAGGUCGACCAAGGUGUUGCAUGCUACUGCUAUGGCGAUUCCACCUGCGGCCAGCGCGUCUUCUACCAAUUUGGCAUGACCUCGAUCCCCAUAUACAAUGUUAAUAAUAACUGCUCAACGGGCUCGACGGGUUUGAAUAUGGCCAGACAAGCGAUUGCCUACGGCGCAGCCGACUGCGUCCUGGUUGUCGGUUUCGAAAAAAUGUCCCCCGGCAGUCUACAAACGUACUUCCAAGACCGCGCGAACCCUACCGGCACCAGCAAUGAGAUGAUGAAAGCUACGCGUGGAGUUACCAAUGCCCCAGGCGCUGCUCAACUCUUUGGCAACGCCGGCCGAGAGUAUAUGGAGAAGUACGGCGCAAAGGCAGAGGACUUUGCCGAGAUCGCCCGCAUCAACCACGAGCACAGCAAGAGGAACCCAUACUCCCAGUUCAAGGAUGAAUACACCCUGGAACAAAUCCUAAAGUCUCCCAUGAUCUUCGAGCCCCUUACAAAACUCCAAUGCUGCCCGACCUCGGACGGUGCCGCCGCGGCGGUUGUUGUCUCGCAGGACUUCCUCGAUAAGCGACCUCACCUCAAGUCUCAGGCCGUCCUGAUCGCUGGCCAGGCGAUGGCCACCGACUCGCCAGACCUCUUCAGCCGCUCCAGCAUUGACCUCGUCGGCUAUCAAAUGUCAGUGAUCGCCGGUAAACGUGCGCUCGAGCAGGCGGGCAUUACCCCCAACGACGUCCAAGUUGUCGAGGUCCACGACUGCUUCAGCGCCAACGAGAUGUGCGUGAUUGAUGCUCUAGGCCUCUCCCCCAAGGGCAAGGCACAUGAGCUGGUGAGGAGCGGCGACAUCACAUAUGGUGGCAAAUAUGUCAUUAACCCCUCGGGAGGUCUCAUUUCCAAGGGUCACCCUCUCGGAGCCACCGGCCUCGCCCAAUGCGCCGAGUUGGUGUGGCACCUGCGUGGCUGGGCCAACAACCGCUUGGUCAAGGACACCAAAUACUGCCUGCAGCACAACCUGGGUCUGGGCGGCGCCGUCGUCGUGACCGUCUACAAGCGCGCCGACGGCAAGCAAACCACUCCCGUCUCAGACCAAGAAGUCGCCCGCCUCACCGGCCUGGGAUACAACCCGGCCACCGAGGCCAAGGGCUUCACGACCGAACAGGUCCGCCGGACAGUCAGCCAGAAGCAAUUUUCCGACUGGGCCGUCCAGGACGUGCCCAGCAAAGUCCAGGCCCGGUUUUAA